AUGACCAGCUUGAAUAUGGUGGAAGAAGGUUUGGCACAAGCUCGAGCAUCAAUCCGUGAAGCAAUUCUAUCUAGGAACCACAGUGGAAACUUUGUCCCAAAAGGGUCCAUUUACAGAAACCCAGACGCUUUUUACAAGAGCCACAUGGAGAUGGUGAAGAGAUUCAAGGUGUGGGUCUACGAGGAAGGAGAGCAACCAUUAGUGCAUGACGGCCCGGUAAACAAUAUAUAUGCCAUUGAAGGUCAAUUUAUUGAUGAAAUGGAUAAUAGUAAGAGAAGCCCCUUCAGGGCAAAGCACCCUGAUGACGCACAUGCAUUUUUCCUCCCCUUUAGCGUGGCUAAUGUUGUUCACUAUGUUUACAAGCCCAUAAUGUCCCAAAAUGAUUACUACCGUGAUCGCUUGCAACGGUUGGUGGAAGAUUAUAUUGAUGUGGUGGCAGAUAAGUAUCCCUAUUGGAACAGAAGCAAUGGUGCAGACCAUUUUCUCCUUUCUUGUCACGAUUGGGCACCAGAAAUCUCAGACGUGAAUCCAGAGCUCUUCAAGAACUUCAUUAGAGUCGUAUGCAAUGCCAACACUUCAGAAGGAUUCCAGCCCAAGAGGGACGUGUCAAUCCCUGAAGUGAAUUUGCCCGUUGGAAAACUAGGCCCAUCGAAUCUGGCCCAAGGCCGAAUGAACCGAACCAUAUUAGCCUUCUUUUCUGGUGGGGCCCAUGGUGACAUUAGGAAGUUUCUACUGAAGCAUUGGAAGAACAAGGAUAGCCAAGUACAAGUUCAUGAGUACCUACCAAAGGGCCAAAACUAUACUGAAUUAAUGGGACUAAGCAAAUUCUGCUUGUGCCCCAGUGGCUAUGAAGCGUCUAGUCCUAGAGUUGUGGAAGCAAUCAAUGCUGGCUGUGUCCCUGUGAUAAUUUCUGAGAACUAUUCUUUGCCCUUCAGUGAUGUGCUGAAUUGGAGUCAAUUCUCUAUAGAAAUUCCAGUGGAGAAAAUACCAGAGAUUAAAACGGUCUUACAAAAUAUUUCAGAAAGGAUGUACAUGAAAUUGUAUAUGAAUGUGAGGAGAGUUCGAAAACAUUUUGUGAUGAAUAGGCCAGCUAAACCAUUUGAUGUUAUGCACAUGAUACUUCACUCAGUUUGGCUCAGAAGGCUGAACUUUAGGGUCAUAGCUUCACAAUGA